AUGUAUUGGCGAGAAAAAGUUUGUUAUAAAUCUCCGCGCAAUAAUGCCACAGGAGAAAGACCCACAUACGCCCCAGUGCUGGAAAGCGCGGGAAAGUCCUAUGCGAAUACCCUAAAUAAGGUAAAGGCGGCGGUAGGGGAUAACCCAGCCAGAAAUAGGAUAAGGAACAUCCGCAGCACUAGGGAGGGAAAGAUGGUCAUCAAGCUGGAUAGGGGUAAAGAAGCGAUGGGGGAGAUUCAGAAGGCAAUUAAGGACACUAUAAAGGUGAGGGUCAGUGCGCCCGGACAGAGGCAGAACGAAACAAUAUUUAUAAGAGGGAAGCAAACUUUAUGA